AUGUCCAUGAAGAACCAGACGUUGGUCAGUGAGAUUGUUCUCUUGGGAUUUCAGAAUCUCCACAACUUCAAGAUUCCCCUGUUCUCUCUGUUCCUUCUGAUUUACAUUAUGACAGUUUGGGAGAACGUCCUCAUCAUAGUGUUGGUGUCCUCCAGCCGGAACCUCCAGUCCCCCAUGUACUUCUUUCUCCAGCAGUUGUCUGUAUGUGACUUUUUAGAGUCCACAAAUAUUGUACCCACCUUGCUCCAAACUAUAAUUUAUGAUAAAGUCAUGUUGUCUUUUGUUGGCUGUAUGAUACAAUUUGAUUUUUUUGUUGCAACUGAAGCUUUUGAGUGUUUGCUUCUAGCAGUAAUGUCCUAUGACAGAUAUGUGGCCAUCUGUAUCCCACUGCGUUACUCUUCUAUAAUGUCCCACAGGGUGUGUGAAAUGUUAAUUCUCAUAUCUUGGAUGCUUGGCCUCACUUGUUCAUUGCUUCUCACCAAUAUCAUGGCCACACUACAGUUUUGUGACCAAAAUAUAAUUAACCAUUUCUUCUGUGAUUUCUUUCCUCUUCUAGAACUUUCCUGCUCAGAUACAUUUUUAAUGCACAUAACUAUUACCUUACAGUCUAUCCCUGUGGUUUUCCUUCCCAUUAUACUCAUCACUGUAUCAUAUGUAUGUAUUGCCCAUGCAAUCCUAAAGAUAGUGUCCAAUACUGGGAGACAAAAAGCCUUCUCCACCUGCAGCUCCCACUUGGCUGUGGUCUCCUUAUUUUAUGGGACUCUCAUUGCUUUUUAUUUGUUUCCCCCCAGUAAAGAAUCCCAGACCAUGAGCAAAGUUCUGUCUCUACUAUACACUGUAGUGACUCCAUUGGUUAACCCACUUAUUUACAGUCUGCGAAGUAAAGAUAUCAGAGAUUCCAUUUACCUAUUGACUACACGCUGGUAA